AUGUCCACACUAACAAAGGUUCGCAUAGAAACCUACGAAGCCUCGGAAUGCUCUGAUUGCUGCCGACUACUGAAAAUAUUCAAUGCUCCGGUCUGUCAAGACACUGGCAUGUUCCUACUAGCAGAGGGCCCAGCGAGAGAACUGAGAGGAGGCACCUAUGACCAGAGAGCUUUGUCUUGCUGUGAUCUACUUCGUAAGCUCAUCUAUGGGGCUUUCUCCGCCAUCGACGGACUGCCGAAAGAACGUGGUUUUAACGUCUAUAUGUUCAGGCCAGAACGCCACUCAUUUGGAUUCAGUAGUAGCGGGAAUGAGGUCUCUGCGCCUCUUGAGCUUUCAGCAGAGACACCAAUUGCUGAUAAUGGUGUGACUGUGAAGACACCUUUGGUGGAUGUCACGCUAGUCGGCAAGGGGCCAACCUGGCUUAUCGACACAAAAACAUGGUGCCUAGUUGCGGGCUCAUCUCAAGAUGUAUACGUUGCCUUGAGCUACAUUUGGGGUCACAAGCCGUUUUUCGAGACACUGAAAAAGAACCUUGAACAAUUGAGAAUUCGUAUGGCGCUACACUCCGACCGAGGUGCCCUGCUUCCUGAGACGAUAUGGGAUGCCAUAUCAGUCGUUCAGACAAUGGGUGAUAGAUACCUAUGGGUAGAUGCACUUUGCAUUAUCCAAGAUGACGAGGUCCGCACUACAAGAGAGAUAAACAAUAUAGCAUCUAUCUUUGCAAAUGCGACACUUCAUACCGGGCACAGGAUUGUACAGAGAAGAUAUCAUAGAUACGACCCGAAGCCCAAGCCUCCGUGGUACGGGCGUGGAUGGACAUUGCAGGAACACAUCUUUUCCCGAAGGCGCAUUAUAUUCGAGAACGACGGCGUGCGGUGGGAAUGCAAUCAAGCACUUUGGCAUGAAGAAAGUAGCGCUGUCGAAACAGCUGAUGCCCAAGACCCAGAGUGCAAGCGACGAAGCUCGCUACUACCCAGCCAACAAUCGGAUAUCGAAGGUUAUAGAGAGAUGAUUUCUUGCCGCAUCCCACAACUUUCCCACUCGAACCGUUUGAUCACUUGGUAUAGUAAAAUGAAUUUCACUUAUCCUGAAGAUAUAUUGCGAGCGUUUCAGGGCAUUACUUCUGUCCUAAGUAAGAGCUUUGUUGGGGGCUUUGCAGCUGGUCUCCCCAUUGCGUUCUUUCAUACAGCCAUUUUGUGGCAUACCUUUCCAUCCACAUUUGGGCAUCGCAGAAAGCCCCACCACAACGGUCUCUCAGGAAGCUAUUUCCCCGGUUGGACCUGGGCUGGUUGGCAUGCCGAGAUCGAUCCCGAGAGCUGGGUCAGAGCAUCUGAUUACGUCCGGCACGGCCAUUCUAAAGAGACAUCGCCACGACUCGAUAACGAUCGACUUGUACCUACUGUACAUUGGUUUGGCCACAAGCAGAAAGAUGGGCCCGGAAUCCCCAUCACCUCAAGGUGGGCUGAGCUCAAGCAGAACUACCUUGGCAGGGAUGGAGCCGGUAUAUCAAAUUUCAUCCACGUGAUGACUACUACAAAAACGAAAGACUUCCGGACUUGAACUUCUGGUACCCAAUUCCUUUGGCAGAGAUAGAUGACUCCUAUCAGGACCAUUCUAAAACUCGCUUUCUGUCAUGUCGGACACGAGGAACAUAUCUGUACGCUGAUAAAGAAUUCAUAUCAUUGGAGAAGCCUAUGUCAAUAAAGGAGCACGAGUGGCUCUCAGGGUACCUAUACGUCUCAAGCAACGAGAGCAUUGUGCCAGUUCGACAUCAAGAUGGCACGUAGGCCGAUGUCCUAAAAAACCAAAUCACGCCACC